AUGAAUGAAGAUUUGUUUAAACGAACGAAAGCUGACUUAAAAUCAGAAUUCUACCUAAUGAAUGAUGACUGGUUGAGAGAUUGCAUAGAGUUCUACGUGGAUCAGCACAAAAAUCCAAGUAAUCAGGAGAUUUUGCAAUUUGUUAAAGUACAGUGGCAACUUAGUGACUUACGAGAAAUUAGUAAUAAAAAUGGAUGUUUACCGUGUAAUAUUACACAGCACAAAUCUAUUAUAUUAUCUGGGAAUUAUAUUCUUCAGGUAGAACAAAUGUAUGACAUAUCCACAUCAAAGUAUAAACAACUACAACAGAUCAGAAAUACUCAUGUUUCUGAAGUGGAUCCAACUGAAGCAGAAGAAUUAGAAAAGUGGGAACCUCCUAAGAAGAGAAUGAUGCAGUUGAAAAUGACAGAUGGAUUACAAGAUGUAAUUGGAAUUGAGUAUAAGCAGAUAUCUCGAUUGAAUGAUAUAUUACCAGGUUAUAAAGUUAUGAUAAUAGGACCAGUUAGGUGCCGUAAAGGUGUUUUAUUUUUAGAAGAAGGAAAACUAAGAGGAAUCGGUGGUGAAGUUGAUAGUUUAUUAAUUCCUAAUGCUUUGGAAAAUGUUCUAGCCAGAGCUCUAAAACUUGAAGAGAAUCUAGACCCAUAUAAUGACAAUGCAUCAAAAUCAAAUAAUGUGAAACAGCAAAAGGAAGCACGACUAGAAGAUAGUUUCUUUGAAGAAGAAUUUGAAAUAAAUUUAGAGGAAGUUUCUAAAAUUGAGCAUUCACUCAAUAAAGACCAUAAACAACUUAAUGUUAAUUCAUGCAGAACAGAACCUGUCAAAGAAAAUAUUAUGAAUACCAAUAUUCCGAAGAAAAACGUUUUUAGUUGUAAAGUAGAGCCCGCAAAAGAAAAUGUCAUUGCUACCAAUAUUGAAAAGAAAGAUAAUUACAGUUUCAGAGUGGAAACCAGAAAGGAAAACUGUAUUACUAUUAAUGUUGAUGAGAAAGACCAUAAUUGUAAAGACAAUAAAAUCUUAGAUGAUGAUGAUUGUUUCUUAGAAAUGGUUGAUGAGGAACAACUUGUGGUAUCACAACCAGAGCUAAAAAACAUUGCCACUCCAUUCAGAGCUCUACCAAAAGAGAAUGAUGACGAUAUUAUCGUAAUAAAUGACGAAGACAUGCUUGAAGACAUAUCAUAUGAAAGCGUUCAAAAACCCGUCAAGAAAACAGAAAACACUUCGCAUGUAAAUUCUACAUGCUUUACUAGUAAAGCGGUUUCCUCAAAUAUCAUACCUCAUUUAAAAGGACAUGCUAAACCAUUAGAAACCUCUAUUAACAACGCAAUAUUUCAGAUUCCAAUGUCCCCUCCUGACCCAGUGACUUUGAAGAAAGGAAGAAUUGAUAGAAAAAUGACAGAAUUUAUAAAAAGACCACAUUCACCAGAUACCAAAAUUUGUGACUUUAUUCAUGAUAUAAAUAACGAAAUCAUAACAGAGCCUACUUGUAAAACAAUUCGUGGUCGCGUGGAGGUCCUUGGAAAAUUAUCAAAGAAAGAUUCUUCGUGGAUUUUAGAUGCUACUAUAAUAGACGGUACUGCAAACAUCAAAGUUAAUUUCUCAAAUCAGGUUCUUCAAAAUUUAUUAGGUUUUAGUGUACAGGAAUUUUCAUUAAAGAAAAAGUUGAAAAAGAAUCCUGAAAUCGAACACGAACUUAGAAUGAGUUUUCGGAGUGCAGAGCAACAGAUAAAAACUUUGGAUGAUCUUCUGGAAUUAGAAUUAGAUGUCAAUAAAAAACCAAUUGUGAAUAAAAUUACUAAUCUAACACCGAAACAGAAAGAACUGAUCGACAAACAACUAAAAUCCUUUUUAAAUAAAAAUAGUAUUUAA